AUGGCGGCCAACGAUAACUACCAUCCAGGAGGUCAUCAGAAUAUGAAAAAAGGAGGUAAACUUGAUGUAGAUGCUUUGACUAUGUUAACCAGUUCUGUGCAGGCACUAAGAAGCAGGUUUGAUAAGCUCCAAGCUGGAACUUCUACUAGCCCACAGGAUGUUUAUCAAAUGUGUAAUGUGCAGGGCCACAUCGCACCUGAUUGUCCGCAGAACAUGAGUGAGAUGUCUAUUGAACAAGCCAAUGCUUUCUACUCUUCGAACCCCAAAAAGCCCUUUGAUCCCUACUCCAAUUCUUACAACGAAGGUUGGAAACAUCAUCCCAACUUCUCUUAUAAGAACACCCAAGCACAACAAAAUCCACCAUUACAACCAUCCCUACCCAACAACUACAACUCACCACCCGGUUUCCAACAAAGACCACCUAUGAACCAAGAACCAACGCAACUACUUCCCCAGAAAUCUAGCCUUGAGUUGAUGAUGGAGAGCUUCAUUACCACAACUAACAGUGCCAUCCAACAACAAGCGAAGGUCCAAAAAGAACAAUGCAAUGUAGUUUUCUUGAGAAGAGAUGAAUCAUCUCCGAGGCAAAUAGAUGAGAAAGUGUACAGUGUGGAGUCUAGAAAAGAUGAAAAGGGUAAAGAUGCUCAAAGUUCCAAAUAUGUUGCUCCACCGGCUUAUGAGGAACUGAUUCCCUUCCCGCAAAGGUUAUUAAGGGUCGUGCUCGAUAGACAUUUUCGGAAAUACUGCGAAGCUCUUCAGAAGGUACACGCCUCUACUCCUUUUUCCGAUCUUUUAAUUCAAAUGCCUCAAUUUGCGAAUUUUGUGAAGAAUAUUAAAGAUCAACAUAAGGAUAAGGAAGUAGUAAAUAAUAAAGGCCCUACUCUCUUAUAUGAUAACCUACCACCUAAGCUGCAUGAUCCUGGUAGUUUCACUAUCCCCUGCACGAUAAACGAAAAAUUUUUCGACAGAGUUUUGUGCGACUUAGGUGCUAGUGUCAACCUAAUGCCUUAUUCGUUAUACGAGAACUUAGGUUUGAGAGGACUUAAACCUUCCCCUAUUUCUCUUCAAAUGGCUGAUAGGACCUCUAGACUCCCUAAGGGUGUGGUUGAAGACGUAUUAUUUACGGUGGGUGAACUUGUUUUUCCUGUUGAUUUUGUUGUCAUGGAUAUGAAAGAAGAUCGCAAGAUCCCGAUCAUAUUUGGUCGACCAUUCCUCGCCACAGGUCAAGCCCUAAUAGAUGUUCCCAAAGGACAAGUCACCAUUAGGGCCCAGGAUAAACAAGUUAUGUUCAAGCUCUAUGAUGAACAUAAUUCUAUAUUUGAUGGUGGAACUUGCUUGAGAAUCGAUGCUACUAACCCUUUGUUUGAUAAGUAUGUAUUUGAUAGAAAUUUCGUGAGAAGCAAGGACAAAAUUCCACCUGAUGAUGUGUUUGGCCACAUGAAGGCGAGUCCAGAUAUAAGUGAAAGGAAUGAGAACAUCGGUAUAUAG